UUUUUCGGUAAAACAUAGUUUCACAUCUCUAUGACCAAAACAGCUGAUUGUCAAAUCGAAUUCACUCAAACUUAAUUUAUAAUUUAGUUUGCAGCCGAAAAUACGUAGUAACUAGUUCUUAAUUUGUGUCGAAAAUAAUUAGAAAUAUGAAUAUUCGAAAUACAUAUCGUAUAUUUAACAGACCCACCCUUCUAUCCAUGAUGUGUAGAAGAGAAAAAGGGUACAAAAUAGUAAAGAGACCGGAUCCAAAAACUCUACGAAUGCCUUCAAUCGCCGAUGCCCCAAGUAUUAUGGAUAUAUUGAAGGAAAAAAUACGCUUAAAUGGUCCUUUAACAGUAGCAGAAUAUAUGCACAUAGUGAUAACUAAUCCUACAGAGGGUUAUUAUAUGAAAAAAGAAGUAAUUGGCCAAAGUGGAGAUUUUGUAACCUCCCCAGAAAUAAGUCAAUUGUUUGGGGAAGUGUUAGCAAUAUGGUUUUACUCUGAAACUCAAAAGAUGGGUUCAGGAAAACCUCUUCAAAUUGUUGAACUGGGGCCUGGAAAUGGUACCUUAAUGGUUGACUUUUUAAGGGUCUUAAAUAAGUUUAAAUACAAAUCCAAUGAGCUAAGCAUUCACCUGGUCGAGAUAUCCAAAACAAUGCAGUUAUUGCAAGCUGGCAGACUAUGUGUGAGCCACAAAGAAAGUGAUAUUGAAUUACCAUAUGACAGAGAGGGUGAAACUGUCAGUGGCAUAAAGGUAUAUUGGUAUAAUGAUCUCAAGAAAGUCCCAGAGAACUUUUCAUGGUACAUUGCACAUGAAUUCUUUGAUGUAUUACCAAUUCACAAAUUUGAAAAAACUGACAAAGGCUGGCGGGAACUCUUAAUAGAUCUUGAUGAAAAUCAGAAGCCAUACUACAGAAUAUCAGGAGAGGAAACGCAGAGUGUUAAAAUGCUUGUCCGUCCACCUCUUGAUGCAGGAGAUAGGACGGAGCUAGAAGUCAGCCCAAGAUCAUUGGGAAUUGCCAGACAAUUAGCAGAGAGAGUUGAUCAAUUUGGUGGUCUUGCACUGAUAGCAGAUUAUGGGCACGAAGGUGAAAAGGGAGACACAUUCAGGGCUUUCCACAAACACCAAGUUGUUGAUCCACUAGAAAAUCCAGGCGAAUCUGAUCUCACAGCUGAUGUAGAUUUCAGUCAGUUACGAGUAGCCGCGUCAAGGGCGCCGGGGAGAGAUAACUAUGCUAUUGUAAUGGGCCCAGUGCUACAGAAGGACUUUCUAGAGCGAAUGCAGGGUUUAGCUCGAUUAGAGGUAUUGCUAAAUAAUGCUAAGAAUGAAGAGGAUAAAGAAAAGUUAACAGCCUCUUACAACAUGCUUAUUGAUCCACAGAAGAUGGGAGAAAGAUUUAAAUUUAUGGCGUUUUAUCCCUCUACCAUGGCAGAUAUAUUAGAGAAACAUCCCCCUGUAGGCUUCGCUAAUCUCACUGUUAAAUAAAUGUACAUUAAGCUUAAUCUCUUGUGUAAAUAAAUAGU